AUGCUGGCGAAGAUGGAUAGCAAAUGUCCAGAUCCGAAAGUAUUCAAAGGGUCGUCUUUCCCUACAUCACUCACAGGGGAUCUCGGUAUGGGGAAAAGUGGCCUAAGAAUCAAAGAGAGCAUUGGAACUGACUUCUCUGUAGAUUACCACAAGAAAUUCAAUUUCCCAAACACUGCAUACACGCUCUUCGAUCAAGGCUUCCGCUUCUCUGCCAGGAGUGGAGUUGCAAUCAAUAGUCGCACGGUCUCCUGUGUGGAGAAGCAGCGCACGUCUUUGCGCCGUCCUGAUCACCUCUAUGUUCUGGACGGCCGAAAGCCGGAGUACUACGAUCCGCUCUACCUUCCACGGGCACUCAAGGGAAGCACUUUCGUCCUUAUAUUACCUGAUCGUUUUAAUUAUUCUGCUUGCAACGACACUUCUCAGCUUCUGAAAUCGAUCUCCCAGGCUGUGGGAUCCCUGCAUGGAUAG